UAAAACAAUUCAUUUUGAAUACUGAGUAGUCAAUCUUAUGCACGAAUUUAUCUCAUUCGGAACACCGAUCCCACAGCUGAUAGGAUGUUUCUAAGUAACAUACGAGGUGCUUGGACGUGUGGAUAUGAAGUUGUUAUCAUUUCUUUGCUUGUUAAUCGGCAGCCAUGCUCAAGAAAGAAGAUUUCCUGAGGACUUCAUGUUCGGGGCUGCCACAUCAGCAUAUCAGAUAGAAGGAGGAUGGAGCGCCGAUGACAAAGGCGAGAAUAUAUGGGAUCGUUUGACUCACACCAACCCUAACGUAAUCAAGGAUGUGAGCAAUGGUGAUGUUGCAGCCGACACAUACAAUAACUACAAACGUGAUGUGGAGGUGAUGAGGGAGUUGGGGCUAGAUGCUUACAGGUUCUCUCUCUCCUGGUCUAGAAUACUACCCAAUGGCCUGGCCAACAAAGUCAGCGAUGCCGGGGUUGAGUUUUACAACAACUAUAUAGAUGAAAUGAUCAAAUACGGUAUAACGCCCAUGGUCACUCUGUUCCACUGGGACUUGCCACAGAAGUUACAAGAUUUGGGAGGAUUCAUGAAUCCAUUAUUCCCAGAGUGGUUUGAAGACUACGUCCGUGUGGUCUUUGGAAAGUUUGGAGACAGAGUCAAGCACUGGAUUACUUUCAAUGAACCAAAAGAGUUUUGUCAUCAAGGUUAUGGCAGUGCGACCAAAGCUCCACUUUUAAAUAUAACUGAUAUUGGUACUUACUAUUGCGCUCGAACUCUACUCCUCGCCCAUGCUCGGGCGUACAGGGUUUAUAAAAACGAAUUCAAGAAAUCUCAAGGCGGUGUGUGUGGUAUUGCCAUCAGUGUAGGAUGGUAUCUACCACUAACUGAUUCUGAACAAGAUAAGUUUGCUGCUGAAAUUAAAAGACAAGCGGACUUCGAUCUCUACAUAAAACCGAUAUAUUCGAAGGAAGGAGGUUUUCCGAAGGAGAUUGUUAAAAUUGUUGCAGAGAAAAGCGCUAAUCAGGGUUACCUACGAUCUCGUUUACCAAAUUUCACUGAUGAAGAAAAAGAACUUAUACGAGGUACUGGUGACUUCAUUGGAGUAAACCAUUACACCAGCAGCUUUGUGUCUGCCACGGAAUACAAGAUAAUUCAUCCAGUGCCAUCUUUAUACGACGACAUUGAUGUUGGGUCUUACGCACCCCCGGAGUGGCCAAAAUCUGCGUCUGCGUGGUUAGUUCAAACACCUAACAGUCUUUACGAUGCCUUGAUAAAUCUUCACAAGAGGUACAACGGUCCAAUAUUUUAUAUCACGGAGAACGGCUGGUCCUCGCCUCAGGAAGCUGAUAUCCUCGAUGAUGAUAGAAUUAGAUACUACCGUGCUGCGCUAAACGAUGCUCUUAAAGCCAUAGAAGAUGGAGUGGAUCUGCGAGGAUUCAUGGCUUGGAGCUUGAUGGAUAAUUUUGAAUGGUUUGAGGGUUACGGAGCGAGAUUCGGCCUGUAUCGUGUCAACUUCUCAAGCCCAGGUCGUGAGAGAACUCCUCGUAAAUCAGCCUUCGUUUACAAACAGAUCAUCAAGAGUCGGAUGAUUGAUGAAGAAUAUGAACCUGAUACCCUGGACAUGAGCAUUGAUGAAGGGAACCGAUCUUUUUACACAGACUGAUAUAAUAGUUUUUUGCAAUAAAUAUGCUUACAGUAGAAUCUUAUUUUUAUUUGCAAUUUGAUUUUUACAAAUAUAUUGAUGAUCGUAAUUAUUAAGGAAGUUUUGAUUGUUUUGAUGAGAACCUACUUGAGAAAAUUGUUUAGAGAAUAUAUGCUAUAAAUUUUUGA